GGCCCCGCCCGCUGGCCGCGGCGCUGCGAUUGGCCGCGGCUGUGCGGUGGCGUCGCUGCGGGCGCUCGGGCGGGCGGUGCGGCCGUGUCGCGGCGUUCCGCGCUGAGGGAAAGGUCCGGGGGCGCCGCCAUGACGCUGCGCGUCGCCGUGCUCUACUGCGGGGCCUGAGGCUACCGCCCCAAGUACCAGCAGCUCAAGAAGGAGCUGGAGAAGCGGUUCCCGGGCCGGAUCCAGGUGACCGGCGAGGGGACGCGCGAGGUGACGGGCUGGUUCGAGGUGACGGUGGGCAGCACGCUGGUGCACUCCAAGAAGAACGGCGAUGGCUUCGUGGACACGGACGCCAAGCUGCGGAGGAUCGUGGCGGCCAUCGAAGCGGCCCUGCCGUAGCGGCGGCAGCGCGGCCUGAGGGAGCUCACUGAGCCGCCGCCUCGCCGGGGCGGCCGCGCGCUCCAUGACGGGAGCCGCCGAAACGUCUGCGGACACGUGGCUGCUCCCAGAUGCCCGCGCGGCGCCGCUUCGGCCGGGGCGGCCGGCGGCCGAGCUCCGCUCCUCGCACGCUGCUUUGCGUCGCUUCCGGCGAACGGCGCCGCCCCGACGCGCUCUCCUUCCGCGUGCCGCGAUCCGCCGCGAUGGCCGCGCCCCUCGAGGCCUGCCGGGUGAAAAAGCGGGGAAAAAGGGGCUCGAAGCAGGGAACCGCGUUGGCGGCAGCGCCUCCGCCGCCGGUUCGGUGCGGAAACCGGCAGCGACCCGCGGCGGCACCGAAAGGAGAGCGGCGGCAGCGGCACGCACCGCACUCGGGGCUCGUGUGAACAAACGGCCACUUAAUUCCCUCCGUGUCUGACGCACAACUUCCGUCCUGCCGCUUCAGCCGCCCUCCAGGAUUCCUGCUGCUGAUGACGUUUCUCGAAUAAAACGCUGAAAACUUGA